ACUCUCGCUGUCCAAUCAGCUGAAGUUUAACGAAACGGAUCCGCGGCUCUGCGCCCAGAAUGCGCCUGCGCGGGUUCGCAGUGACUGCCGGGGCCUCAGGGCGCCCGGCGGGCUGAUCGAGUGCGCAUGCGUGGCGCCGGGCAUGAGCGGAGCGGCGGUUGGGCUUCUGCAGGUCUCGGGCCUAGUGCUGUAACCCGGGCAACCGCCCCGCCGUCAGCCGGGCAGCGGGCCGGCCCCUGCACCCCACCCACCUCCCGGCUCGGAGGAUGGCGGCUUCGGGGCCAACGAAAAUCGCCUGGAAGCUCCAGGAGUUUGUUGCUCAUGCUGGAAAUGUAACGUGUCUGGUGUUGGGGAAGAAUUCGGGCAGACUAUUGGCCACUGGUGGUGAAGACUGUCGGGUCAACUUAUGGUCAGUCAGCAAACCUAACUGUAUUAUGAGUCUUACAGGUCACAACACACCAGUCGAAUGCAUUCAGUUUAAAGACUCUGAGGAGUUGGUUGUUGCAGGCUCGCAGUCUGGAUCACUAAGAAUAUGGGACUUGGAAGCAGCUAAGAUCCUUCGGACACUGUCUGGUCACAAAGCCAACAUCUGCAGUUUAGACUUUCAUCCUUUUGGAGAGUUUGUGGCCUCUGGCUCCGUGGAUACCAAUGUAAAGUUGUGGGACAUUCGGAGGAAAGGUUGUGUAAUGACUUACAAGGGACACACAAAUGCUGUGCGGUGUUUACGAUUCAGUCCUGAUGGACGAUGGAUUGCUGCUGCUGGAGAUGAUAGCACCGUGAAGCUGUGGGACUUAUCAGCAGCAAAAAUUCUAACAGAAUUUACAGAUCACACUGGACCUGUAAAUAUUGUGGAGUUCCACCCCAAUGAAUAUCUGCUGGCUUCAGGCAGCUCGGACAGAACAAUAAAGUUUUGGGACCUAGAAAAGUUCAAGAUGGUGAGCUGCACAGAAGUAGAGAGCACUCCUGUCAGGUGUAUUUUGUUCAAUCCAGAUGGUUGUUGUCUAUACAGUGGAUCUCAGGAUUCAUUACAUGUUUACGGCUGGGAACCUCCACGUUGUUUUGACGUACUUCCUGUCAACUGGGGUAGAGCAGCAGACCUUGCCAUUUGUUCCAAUCAAUUGAUUGGAGCUUCAUUCAGUCAGGUGACAGUCUCAACAUUUGUGGUGGAUCUGAACAGAGUAAAGAAGACUGGUUCAAUUGUCCAGGGCACAGUUGAAGAUGAAAAGCUCUUCAAUCUACCAGCGAUGAAAGGAGCUGCACUGAGACGCAACUAUGAGCGACCUCUAACCACGUGCAACAGACCUCAAAGCAAAGUGAAAGAAGAGCCAGAGAAUGAAGGAAGAAACCCCAGUGCAGAGGAGGAGAAGGAUGACAAGGAGUCGACUGCAGAGAUCCGAAACCCAGAGGAAUAUAAGGAGAUCUUUCAGCCACAAAAUGCCAUUGCUCGAACUCCACCUCGGCGAUCUGAUCCAUUCCCUGCUCCACCAGAAGAUGAUACCAUUUCAGUGAAGGAAUCUGAGAAAGUGACUCCUCCAACAGAGAUGCACUCUCCUGCAGUAAAAAGAUUACAGCCAGAUCAGCUGAACUUUCCUCCAACAGCAGCUUCCACCCCCAACAACCGGCCUGAAGCACCGAUAAUUCCAAUUGCCAAAAAUGAGCCCAUCGGACUGAAGGCAGCAGAUUUUCUCCCAUCCCAGAAUAAUAAAUUGGCAGAUUUGACUGAUGAAGAUGCUGUGAGCCAAAUCCAGAAAGGACAUGAUACCAUGUGUGUUGUAUUAAAAAGUCGAUUCAAGAAUUUAGACACUGUGAGAGCCGUCUGGAGCACUGGAGAUAUCAAGACUUCCAUAGACUCGGCAGUGACCAUGAAUGACUUGGCAGUUAUUGUAGACAUUUUGAACAUUAUUAACCUUAAACCGGCCUUGUGGAAACUGGACCUUUGUCCUUCGAUCAUUCCUCAGAUUGACAAGCUAUUACAGAGCAAGUAUGAGAGUUAUGUCCAGACAGGCUGUACUUCUCUGAAGCUGAUCCUGCAGCGAUUUGGGCUCUUAAUAGCAGACAAUCUGGUUACACCACCAUCAAUUGGAGUGGACAUAACACGGGAAGAAAGGCACCAGAAAUGUAAACUUUGUUACAAGCAGUUAAAAAACUUGCUCCCAAUUCUUCAGAGUAAAGCAGGAAUGCCUGGCCGGCAAGGUAGUGCCUUUCGUGAACUGCAGCUUCUAAUGGCAGCUUUUGAAUGAAAAUGGUCUCCAUAGACUUGUUAUUGGAUACGCCUCUCCAGGGACUGACUUGAGGUUCUCCUCUCUCUGGUAAAUUGGAUGUCCUUUUGCAGAGACUGCUGACAAAUGAUUCAAAGACCAAAUUGUUUAAGUAGAUUUGUUUUCAAAGUUUACAAAAAUUUAGGCGGUUAGGUAAAGAUGGGCCUCAAAGGUUUUUUUUGAACACUACUGCAAACAAUUCUCCUUUUGGUAUUUACAAUGGAAGGAAGACCUGGGGAAACUGAUUCUUAAAUUAACUGUCCCUUCCUGUUAGUUUUGAAUCGAUCCCUGUUAGUCAACAAUGCCAGGGAGAGACAUUCUUGAACAUGUUGACUUGUUUUAAGUCCUUUAUCUUCCAUUUAUACACCAAGAAUAAAAUGACUUCAACUCUUCAAUCUUAGUAAGUUAACAUUUCAUUGUACAAUACCACAUUGUGAAACUGGCCUUGUCCAUCCUGGUGAUGGUUAGUAUAAUUGUUGCAGGGAGCCAGUUGGGUUUAUUUGGAAAUGCUUAAGUAGUUUUUUUAAACUGUCAGAGCCUGUUUGCUUUACAGAACUGACCAAGAAACAAGACCUCUACCAUUACUUUAACAGGUUUGGGAUUUUUUAAAAAUAUAUACAUGGAACAUGCAAGCAGGGUUAAAAGUAAUGAAUUGUGAGCCCCUUGUUGGAAAGUACAGAAAUGCCGUGAGAGAAGUCAAAUGUGUGCUUGCUUGAAUUAUAUAUGGAAGACUGCAUCUCUCUUACCCUCAAACAUUGUUCUGGCUAAAUUGUAUUUCAUAUCUUAUCCACUUUUCUUUUACAUCUUCCUUAAGUUUUAAAAUAAUUGGAGAGGAUCGCAAGAUUGUUUAUUUUGCCUCUUAAUGUUAAUGUAGUUCUUUAUCCCCAUUUUAAAGUGAGGUUUGUUUUUCAAAUAAACUUGAAACCAAGUCAUGCCAGUUUUUGUUCCUGUGCAGGAACAGUAAUCUGGGUAAAAUUUGAACUGGUUUACAUUCACAAACAGAUCACAAUGCAACUUAAAUAAUAAUUUUUUGGAGUUGAUUGUUUGGAAUCCACUUUACAAUGACACACCUCUAGCCUGGGGAACAGGCAUAUAGCAGCAAGUUUACUUUGUGUCUGAUUAACUGAAGUCACCUUAAAUCAGCCCUGCUUAUUUAAGUAACGUACCUUCCGUUUCCAUACUCAAUUUGCAACUUGGCUCUUUUUGACCUCCAUUUAAGAUGCAUCCUGCAAUUUUGCAAUCACACCAGUGUACUAUGUUGAUUUGUAGCCCAUCUACCACCAAGCAACAUUUACUGAACAAGGCUGUUUGAACAGGAACAUGUAUCGUAUUCUCUAACAUUUUAAUUCAGUACCCCUCCCUGUUAUUUUGGAAAAUGUAAUUUAUGUAAAUAUGUCUUUACAAUAAACCAAUUUUUUUUG